AGGCCAUUCAGUAGUGAGCUUGAAAGAGUGAAACACUUUGUACAACACCAGCUGCAAAAUGAAAUCGUUGCUAGUUUGGGCGAGCCUUGUGGCAGCAAGCUUGUGCCAAAGUGAUACAUUUUUCCAAAACUCUUUCGACGCGAUAAGAGGCUGCAAGCAGUUUGAAAAUAUGGCAGGAUACAAUGGCCCAAACGAGUACUUUUCGGUAGCGGAUUUGCGUAACGUUGGCUACACCAAGAACUCCAUGUACUUCCGGCUUGGGUUUGUUGGGCAGAGCGCCCACACGCGAUUCGGUGCAACGCUCUACCCGUACGACAACGACGUGAUAGAGAUAGUGCUCGGAGGAUUAGGUAACACGUGGAGCGCUGGAAGACGGCAGACUCGUACGGCAGCGAACGAACCUAAGAACGCGCUGCUCGGUGAAGCACAAACACCACACAUUCUUUCCCGGUCCCAUCCAACGGUAGUAGUGUUGGAAGUGUUCCAGAACGGCGUAGUGCAAGUCACCAUGGAUGGACAGGUGCAACCGUUCCUGACGUUUGCCGACAGUUCAAAGAUACCGGAAAAGUUUAUGACGUUCACCCGCUGGGAGGUGGAUGUCAUCGCGUUCUACGAUUGUCCACUGCUGGAAAGGAACCGAUUCCUCAAAUCUCUACCAUUCAACGGUACGGUUGUCUAAUGUGAAAUGGAGCUAAUGUGAAAUUUGAUAGAAUUCGACCUUGUGUCAAUUGAUAGGAUUCGACCUGUGUGUUGUAGAAUACAUAUAGACAUUCGUCAGACGAAUUUAGGGAAAGCCCAUGCACUAUUUGUACAACAUUAUAGCAUCACAAACAAACACGAUAAAAGCAAAGAUCUACAACACAUCGGAAGGAAAAUAAACACCCAAAAUAAAUCUAAUCCCAAAGCAAA